AUGAGUGCCACUGCCGGGAAGGCUUCUUCCUCAGCGACAACCAGCACACCUGCAUCCAGCGGCCAGAAGAAGGAAUGAAUUGCAUGAACAAGAACCACGGCUGUGCGCACAUUUGCCGGGAGACGCCCAAAGGGGGGAUUGCCUGCGAAUGCCGCCCUGGCUUCGAGCUCACCAAGAACCAACGGGACUGUAAAUUGACAUGCAACUACGGGAAUGGCGGCUGCCAGCACACGUGUGACGACACAGAGCAGGGUCCCCGGUGCGGCUGCCAUGUCAAGUUUGUGCUCCAUACCGACGGGAAGACGUGCAUCG